GUCUGGCCUGAGCUGUUAAAACCACGCCUAUAGAGGCCCACAAUUGGUCCAGAAAGCGUAAAAUCAGCAAUCAAAGGGGCUUGGUUCAUUAGUGCUGGGAUCGAGGCAGGAAGGACAUGUGAGAUAGUCCCGUUUGUGCAGACCAAGGAGCAACAUCUCAGCCCUCCGACUCCGCGGCUCUCUGGAUGAGUGCAGCAGCCCCUCCACAAGCACAGCUUAGUUUCCUGAAGGCGACCGGCGAAGGCAGACACCACAGCUAGACUCUGUGCGCAAAGAGUCCAAGGACGGGCUUCAAGAGGUUUUCUUUUGUGAUUGAGGGACUUCGUGGAGGUAUCGGAGGAAUCUUCUUCACCCGAGCAGCGCGUGUCCAUAACGCGCUUUAAAGCUUGUUUGUCUGGGACUAUUUUCUAAAUUACUCCUGUACGUUUCUGCAGCCAUUUAAUCGCCGGGAAGCGGAGCGCACUGAUCCUAGUGGGGGAAAUACCACAUCAUAUUAUUUCACUUCGAUUUGUUUUGGAUGCACCGAUGAGAGAUCCAGUUUUCACAGGGACUGCCAUGGCUUAUCACCCUUUCCACGCUCACCGGCCGACCGACUUCCCCAUGUCAGCGUUCCUAGCGGCUGCACAGCCCUCCUUCUUCCCGACGCUCACCCUGCCUCCCGGGGCGCUGACCAAGCCCAUGCAGGAUCAUAGUCUCGCCGGCGCGGCGGAGGCUGGGCUUCACCCGGCGCUGAGCCACCACCACCAGGCGGCCCAUCUCCGCAGUCUGAAGACCUUAGAGCCGGAGGAAGAGGUGGACGACGACCCCAAAGUCACCCUAGAAGCCAAGGACCUUUGGGACCAAUUUCAUAAACUAGGGACAGAGAUGGUGAUCACCAAAUCUGGAAGGAGAAUGUUCCCUCCCUUCAAAGUCCGCAUCAACGGGCUCGACAAAAAGGCCAAAUAUAUCCUGCUGAUGGACAUAGUGGCCGCAGACGACUGCCGCUACAAGUUCCACAACUCCCGCUGGAUGGUGGCGGGCAAGGCGGACCCCGAGAUGCCCAAGAGGAUGUACAUCCACCCGGACAGCCCUGCCACCGGGGAGCAGUGGAUGGCCAAGCCUGUUGCGUUUCAUAAACUCAAGCUCACCAACAAUAUUUCGGACAAGCAUGGCUUUGGCUCUCGCCUCUUCCCCACCUCCGGUCUCCAGACUAUCCUGAACUCCAUGCACAAGUACCAGCCCCGGUUCCACAUCGUGAGGGCCAACGACAUCCUGAAGCUCCCCUACUCCACGUUCCGGACCUACGUGUUCCCGGAGACCGACUUCGUGGCGGUGACCGCGUAUCAGAAUGACAAGAUUACACAGUUGAAGAUUGACAAUAAUCCAUUUGCAAAAGGAUUCCGAGACACCGGCAACGGAAGGCGAGAGAAAAGGAAGCAACUGACUCUCCCUUCGCUUAGAAUGUAUGAAGAUCAGUGCAAAACUGACCGGGAGGGAGCCGACUCCGACGCCUCAUCCAGUGAGCCUACACCCGGCAGAGACAGCGGCCACUCGCCCCUGGGAACCUCCUCUAGUCCGCUCCGAUUCAGCCGCACCAACAGAGAAGACAAGAUGUGCUCCGACAGCGACCCUGAGCUGGACCCCCACGACGACCUGUGUCCCGGAUCCGACAGCCCCGCCCCCGAACCCGUCUCCCCCUUCAGCUCCCGCUGUCUGGAGCGGGUGAGGGACCGGCCCUCCGGCCAGGAGAAGAGGGAGGACUGCCCUGCCCCGACGCUGGGAGUCAGGGCCCUGGAGAAGGACAAGGCGGAGGGACGGCACGGGAGGAAGGACGCCAGCGAGCCCUCUAACAAGGACAGCGAGAGGGAAGGCAUGGGGCCCAUCAAGGAGGGCUACUCCCCCCUCAUGGUGCAGACGGAGAGCCCGUCCCACUUCAGCCCCAGCCACCUCCAGAGCCUGGCCCUCUCCGGUCUGCACGGCCAGCAGUUCUUCAACCCGCUGGGAGCUGGCUCGCCGCUGCUGUUCCACCCGGGCCAGUUCGCCAUGGGGCCCGGGGCCUUCUCCGCCAUGGGCAUGGGCCACCUGCUGGCCUCCGUGUCAGGGGCCGGCGGCCUGGACAACGGCAGCCUCUCGGCCCAGCUCACGGCCCAGGGCGCAGGCGGCGCCAACCCCUUCCCCUUCCACUUGUCCCAGCACAUGCUGGCCUCUCAGGGCAUCCCCAUGCCGACCUUCGGAGGCCUCUUCCCCUAUCCCUACACCUACAUGGCGGCCGCUGCGGCGGCGGCGUCCGCCUCUGCCCUCCCCGCCACCAGCACCGCCAGCUCCCUCUCCCGGAACCCCUUCCUCACAGGCUCCCGGCCUCGGCUCCGAUUUAACCCCUAUCAGCUGCCCGUGUCCAUUCCUUCAAGCUCCCUCCUCACCAACAGUUUGCCAGGUAGCAUAAACCCUGGAUCGGAAUCCUCCAAGUCGGGCAGCAGGGAGACGAGCCCUGCGCCCGAGCACCACAAUCACAAGACAUCCUCGAGUGCGAGGGUCAGCUCACCCAAAGCCAACAUGAAAGACUCAAUCAAUGAGCUGCAGAACAUCCAGAGACUCGUGAGCGGCCUGGAGAGCCAGCGGGAAUCCUCUCCGUCCAGGGACUCUCCGAAGUGAUGUCCCACUUUGGAAUAGUUUGAUAUCGCUUACCUUUUAAAUGGACAGUUGUCUUUUGUCUUGUACAGCACAUUACACCGUUUUCCUAAACGUGUUGAGCUCUUAAACUGCGGGGACGAACGACCAAGCGGUGCGCCAGCGACAGACUGCGCGCAUUAGGGACCAACCAAAAGUACGCCUCUAAGUUGUAUGCUGACUUGAAGCAUAUACGGUCCUAUAGUUUGAAAAAGCAACCCCUGUAAAGCAACCUGUGUUGAGACGUGGGACAGAGCCGCCAGGAGGACGCGCUACCAGGGGGGACUUGAGGCCACUAUACUCUGGGCUAUUCUAGGUUUCUACCAGCGCUGCAUCACUGCGGGUUAUUUGGACCCCGGCGCACAAGUAGGCCUAUUGGGGGUGCAAAUAAAAGGUUGAAACGUAUAAAGCUUCAUCCAAAAAAGUUUCAAAGCCUGUAUUUCAAAAGGGAUGAAAAUAAUAGUCCCGCCUAUAGGUGAUCGAUAAGAACGUUAUCAUUUCUUCAAGACAAUUGUUUCUGAACUAUUUAUGUAAUUAAAAAAAUGAAUGAUGUAAAUAAACUAUAGGAUACAGGAAUAUGCAAUUGGUAUUAAUUUAUUCAAGGCUGUAUAUUAUGCGUGUAUAUAUUUCGAAUUAAAUAGUUCAUUUUUUCCAUUUGACAUGAAGGUGUAGUGUAGGCCUAUAAAGGAAAGCUAUUCAGCCCUUGUUGGUUUUGAACCGAGAUUGAUGCAUCGCUGGUUUCCCUGCCUUUGACACGUGGAGGAAACAUGUGUGCCAUGUUUAGUCGCUGCGUACACUAACAUCCACAGAGGAGGAAGGCGCUCCACACGGAUCACCCCGUCCUGGCAUGGGUCGAAGACGCAGACAUGAGAAACCUCAGGUUGUUUCACUCCAACCCCGGAGCGAUUCCAAGCAAUCCCACCUCAAAUGGACCCGUUGUUAAUGCAUAUCUAUCCAUAGGCUAUAUUUAAAAAAAAAAUGAGGGUAUAUUGUUAAUGCUGGUUGUCCGGGUAUUAUUAUUAUUUUAUUUUUUUUGAUUGUCUCACAAUUUAAAUAAAAAUAUUGUGUUAAGUAGCCUACUGUUGAA